GCAGGAAUAGCGCCGAAGGUGCCGAUAAUAUGCAGUAGAACAAACCGAGGGCGAAUACAGAAGGCGAGGAAGGGGUAGCGGAGCAGGGGAGCCGAACGAGGUUCCCUUAAUAACGUCUGUGCAGGGGUUGGGUUUGUGAUGUCAGUGUGAGGGAAACAGAUAAAACGUUUCAGCGCCUUAGUUUGAUCUUCAAGAAAAUCUAAGGAAGGGCAAAGCGCGAAAAGCAAGUUGGAUAACGUUGCCAUAAAUACGAAUAGUGUCAAACGGAAAGGCUCGGGAGUUAUCGCAGUCUGAGGAUGAUCUGAAUUAUUAACUAUUAUCUGUUGUAAGUUCACAGAACCGGCAUUCAAGUUAUUUUAUUCGAUUUUCAACAUAGCCUACCAUGAAAUGUUACAUUGGGAUACGAAGAGAUCAAUUUUUUGGACUUAAAAAAAUAUUCUAAAUCAGGAUACAUUUUUAAAAGUAUCAUUUCUAGAGGUGGUAGUUUUUUAUAUUGUAUUUUUAUUAUUUCACACCUGGACAUGUAUCAGCUCACUGACAAUAAAACAUUCGUUUUCCUGAAACUUUUAAAGUGCAAUAAUAAGAUCUGAAGUAGGAUAUAUCUCGUUAUCACCUGUAAAAAGGAAUAUUGUAAAUGAUAAUUGACUUUUGUUUGAAUGUUUUCCCUACUUUUACAGCGGAUGUACAUGCAUUGUGGAUCAAGAAACAGUGAAUGAGCGAGACCUUAAAUAACCUCGAGCUAAUGCGCUUUGGCGAACAACCCAGUGAGAGCAUCAUUUCUUACAACCAUCUACGAAUAUCAUUCAUAACCUGGAGCGUUACAAGGAUACCGAAAAGUUUUUUUUUUAAAUCCCCACAUAAAGCUACGGCUGCAAUUUUGCGGUAUUGAUUUUGCUAUAAAAGUCGUUUAAAUACUUUAAUGUAUUCCAAUGUGGGUGGGCAAUGCAUAGUUGUAUUAUUGAUUGCUGUCAUAAGUUAGUGGAGACAAGUGCUGUUUACAUAUUGGUCGAGUCGAACUGCAGCAGGUUUGCUUUGAGGUCCGCGAGGCGAAUUGAGGUGAUGCGCGCCCGGGAGGCUGUGAUGAUGAGACGCGCGCUGAAGUAGGCUUGCGUCUUCGCGAGGAUUUCUUUUCUUUUGACCAGAGCAGACACAAAAAAGUACGGACAAGAAUAACUACUAGGAGUGUUGAGAACCAUUCGGUGAGACCCUAUUAAAGAGGACAUCAAGUUCGGUGGCUGCGCAAAAAAAGGUAACAUCGUAAGGAGUAUUCCCUCUCUCUCUCGCCCUCAGUGCAAUGCCUGGUUUUAUUUCGCAGUUCCUCGUAGUCCGGGAAGCUGAGACAAAAACAAGGUGCAAGUGCUGAAGUGUGCGCGCGACGAAUCGUCUUGGUAUACAAAAUCUAACUUCUGAUAACAAAAAGUGUGAAUAGCAAUGGGAAGCCUAAUAUAUUUUUCGAUUUCAGCUUUUAAUACAGUGGUCAUUGGCUGCUUAUUGACUUAACACUAAAGAAAGGAUAUGCUCAAUUGAAACAGCGUUGAUUUUCAGGAGAGAAAUUAAUUACUUUUUGUACAAUAGGUAACAUACUACUGGUAGUUUUUUUUUCUAACAUUUAAAGACAACCUAUCCGUUCAUCAAAAUUAUUGAGAUUCCCAAACACCCAAAUGACGCGUAAAAUGAAGACAUAAGCAAAAAUAAAGCAAACAAUAAAAGACUACAUCGAUUGUAUCGCGUUUUCCUAAUCGCACAACCACAAUGUGAAACAUCAGGAACACCGAACUCAUUCUAUCUGAUUUUGCUGCUAUAGUGUAUUCAUUCGUCCCGGUCCCGGAGGGAGCGGGUUUCAUAAGUGACGUAAUUCUACACACAGCAAUUUAAUAAAGUUUACGGGAAAUAAAAUGAUGUGUAUUAGACUACUGGUUGUUGUCUUGGUAAUAAUGAACACAUGGCUGCUAAACUCUGCUCAGUCAGAUCAUGUCCAAAGGUACAAACGGGCCCUGGCUCGGAAAGCAGACAGUAUCCAAGCCUCUUUAGCGAAUGAAAAGUGUAGGUCCGCUAGUUGGACCAGACAGGCUCGUUCGGUGGCUCGACAGCACCCCCUAGGGGCUGCUUCGAGGAGACACACGAGGCCGACGGAUUUCAACCACGAAAGGUACGCUUGUCCUGGAGGGUGCAUCUCAGACACCAAACACAGUGCCGAUGCCCAGAUACUGCAGAACGGGGCACAUAGUCCUUGGAGCAUCAGCAAGGCGAGACUCAAUGGGGUGAGCCCUUGGGGUGAUCCCGAAAAAAGCCGUUCGGAGACUCCGGGGGCACCGGAGGCUGAACUGCCUCGUUUAAGCGAGGGGGCUCGCAAAGCGGGGGGAGAGGGGGGCUCAAGCGGAGACAAGACAGCGGAGACCAGCGACUCCCCCGAAAAUGCGCACGCCACGCCGCAGCGCGGGGAAGGGUGGAGGCAGCAGCCGAAAAAAGACCGCCCGUCCGGCCGCUCCAGGACCCCGCGCAGCCUGGUGGAGGCUCUCGGGGAGGAGAAGCCGGAGGAGGAGGAGGAGGAGGAGGACGCCCCCGAGGACGCCGCGGGGGCGUCCCGCGGGAGCCACGAGGAGUCCCGGCCCGCGGACUACUCGGCCGAGAGCGAGGGGAACUACUCGGGGGAGCAGGAGGGGCUCGGCGGCCCCGCCAGGGAGCCGUGGGCUUCGGGGACCCGGGACGUCCCGCCCGAGUGGAUGACCUCCAUGUACUUUAACGGGCAGAGGGAGCAGCUGAGAGCGUGGCCGGGGGGGGGCGCCGAGCUGCCCCGCGCCCAGUUCAGCGCCGAGCUGUGGGUCAAGCCGGAGGGCGGCCAGAGCAACCCGGCCAUCAUAGCGGGCGUUUUCGACAACUGCUCCCACUCGAUGAGUGAGAAGGGGUGGUCCGUGGGCAUCCGGACGGUGGACCCCGUGGGUAAGAGAGACGCCCGGUUCUUCUUCACCCUGCGCACCGACCGCUCCGCAAAAACCACCACCAUCAUGGGGCACCAGCGCUACCAGCCCAACACCUGGACGCACCUGGUGGCCAGCUACAGCGGGCGCAAGAUGGCCCUGUACGUGGACGGGGCCAAGGUGGGCGAGAGCCGGGCGCAGUCGGGCGACCUCUACAGCGCCUUCAUGGGCACCUGCCGCACCCUCCUCCUCGGGGGCGACCAGUCGGAGCGCAGGCACAACUUUCGGGGGCGGGUAGCGGGCGUGGUCCUGUGGGCGAAGCCCCAGGCCCAGGGAGGUCUCUACAAGGGCUACUUCCAGUCGGACGAGGAGGAGCCCGUCCUGGCCCUGCGGGGCGACCUCUCCGGGGCGGACCGCCACUGGACGCCCUACAAGGACAGCGGCCGGCCCACCCUGGAGGCGGUGCCCGUCCCGAGCCGGGCGCUGGUGUCCCCCUUCCAGCCGCCGCCCUGCGGCCUGACCGUGUGCGACAACGCGGACGUGGCGCUCAGCUACGGCCGGCGCUGGGAGCUGCGCAUGGGCAAGACGGUGCGGUACCGCGUGGUGAACGUCUGCGAGGACGACGGGGGCCGGCCCACCGUGUCCCAGCAGCAGAUCCAGCUCCAGCACCGGGCCCUGAGCGAGGCCUUCCGCCCUUACAACGUCACCUGGGAGCUGAGCGUCCACGCCGUGCGCAACUCCUCCCUCCGCCGCCGCUUCGUCCUCAGCAACUGCCAGACGGGCAAGAUCGGCGACCGCCGCUGCGACCCGGAGUGCGACCACCCGCUGACGGGGCGCGACGGGGGCGACUGCCUCCGCCCGGCGGGGCCCUGCUACAACUGGAAGCGGCGGGACGGCGUGUGCGACCCCGAGUGCAACGGCGUCCGCUACGACUUCGACGACGGCGACUGCUGCGACCCCGAGGCCACCGACGUCGCCAGGACCUGCUUCGACCCCGAGUCGCCGGACAGGGCCUACAUCAGCGUGAAGGAACUGAAGGACCUCCUGCAGCUCAGCGGCACGGACACGCUCAACGUGUUCUUCGCCAACAACUCCGUCCGCGAGGAGCUGGCAGGGGCCGCCACCUGGCCCUGGGCAAAGGAGGCGCUAAGUCACCAGGGUGGGAUGGUGCUGAACCCGUCUUACUUCGGCACCGUGGGGCACAACCACACCAUGAUCCACGAGAUGGGGCACAUCCUGGGCCUGUACCACGUCUUCAAGGGGGUCAGCGAGCGCGAGUCCUGCGACGACCCGUGCCGGGAGACCACGCCCUCCAUGGAGACGGGCGACCUCUGCGCCGACACGGCCCCCACCCCGAAGUCCAAGGCCUGCCGCGACCCGGACCCCAUCAACGACACCUGCGGCCCCGCCCUGUUCCACGGGACCCCCUACGACAACUACAUGAGCUAUACGGAUGACAGCUGCACCAAUCACUUCACGCCAAACCAGGUGGCUCGCAUGCACUGCUACGUGGACUUGGUCUAUCAGAAUUGGGUGGUCGGCAAGAAGCCCACGCCCACCCCUCUGCCCCCCAUGGUGAUUGGUCAGAGCUCAGAGUCCGUGACUAUUCAUUGGCUCCCCCCCGUGAGUGGGGCGCUUCACCAAAGAGAGGGUGUUGUGAACUGCAAGGACUGUGAAGAAGACGGGACGUUCCAUCAGUACGCCCACGAGGCAACCUCCCCGCGAGCCUGUGAUUCCUCUGGAUACUGGACACCUGAAGAGGCCGUCGGCCCCCCUGACGUGUACCAGCCCUGCGAGCCGAGCCUUCAGGCCUGGAGCCCCGAGCUGCACCUGUACGACACCAACGUCACCUCGCCCUGUCCCAAGAGCGAGGGGUGCGUGCUGGUGCUGCGGUUCCGCCAUCCCGUGGUCCCCGACAGCCUCACCAUCUGGGUGACCUACAUCUCCGCCGACACGCAAGCCAUCACCAACAUCGAGUUCCUGACCGAUUCCGGGGAGUCCCUGAACACGGGCCCCCAGCAUGCCUUCUGCGACGUGCCCCUCACACUGCGACUGCGCACCCACAAGAAGGUCACGGGGGUGAAGAUCUGCACCUUCGACGAGAAGAUGGAGAUCGACGCCGUGCUGCUCACUUCCCGCCCCCAGAACCCCCUCUGCUCCGGCUGCCGCCCGCUGCGCUACCACCUCCACCGGGACCCGCCCCUCCCGCAGGGCCCCGCCCAGCAGACUGAGCUCACCUUCACCGACAGUGAUGUGACAGUAGGGCUGCAGUAUCAGUACAGGGUACAGGUGGAGGCAGACGGGAUCCUCAGCGAGCUCUCACCUCCACUCCACCACACCCACGGCGCCCCCUACUGCGGAGAUGGUGAACUGCAAGGGAAAGAGGAGUGUGAUGACAGGAAUCUGCUGGACGGUGACGGCUGUACGAAGAAGUGCCUCAUGGAGCCAGGGUUCAACUGUGAAGGACAGCCCAGCCUGUGCUACGUGUUCGACGGCGACGGCGUGUGCGAGGAGUUCGAGCGCGGCUCCAGUGUGCGGGACUGCGGCUUCUUCACCCCCCCGGGCUUCAGUGACCAGUGGGCCUCCAACGCCUCGGCCUCGCACCAGGACAGGAGCCGCUGUCCGGCCGCCGCGGUCAUCGGGGAGCCCUCUCUCGCGCAGGUGUGCAGGUCGCAGUACAUGGACAUGAAUGAUGGGCUGUCGCGCUACGCUUGGUAUCCAUGCACUGCUCAGUCCCACGGUUACAGUCACUAUGACCAGGAGCACUCCGUGUGGCUGAAGGUGGAGUUCAGCCGCCCCGGAGUGGCAGCAUCGGUGAUCGUCUACCUGUCCUCAGACGGGUCCUGGCUAGGGGAGCAGUGCCGGAGGGAGGUCACCGUCCAGCUCAGCGACACCGCUGGCAGGAACCAUUCUCUGGGCUCCCACGAGCUGUCGUGCCAGCGCAACCCCCUGGUGGUGAACGUGACGCAUAACCUCAGCCUGCCCUUCUUCCUGACGGCCGCCGUGCUCCUCAACUUCUCGUCCCCCCUGGUGGCGGUGACGGGCGUUGCGCUCCGCACGUCCUGUCACUUCAGCGCCUUCGCCCUGACCGGGUGUGUGCGCAGGCCGUGCAGCGUGGACGCCUGCAGCCCGCCGCAGCUGGAGCACGGGGCGGUCACCUGCGACUCGGGGCCCGGGGCCCCCCACUGCUCCGUGCUCUGUCACCAAGGUUACGCCCUCAGCGUUCUGAGCGGCAGGAGCCUGCCUCCCAAACAGAAGAAGGCUGAGCUGGAGUGUGUGCACGGGGCAUGGGACAGGGUCCUGACCUGCCAUCCCAUCGACUGCGGCUUCCCGGACCAGUCCCACAUCUACUUCGCCUCCUUCUCCUGCCCCGAUGGCACCACGUUCGGAAAGAAGUGCUCCUUCACCUGCAGGACCCCUGCCAAACUACAGGGCGCGAGGAACUGGUUGGCGUGCCUGGAGGACGGCAUGUGGUCCUUCCCCGAGGCCUACUGCAAGAUCGAAUGCCCGGAGCCGCCCACCGUGCCCAACGCCAAGCUGCUGGUGCCGCAGUGCGAGGGACGCGGGCACGACGUGGGCACCGUCUGCCGAUACAAAUGCAAGCCGGGCUACUACGUGACCGGCAGCCUUAGCAAAAAACCAAAGAAGAAGUUCCUGAAGGUGGAGUGCCUGGAGGGGGGUCAGUGGGAAGAGGGGGGCUGUGAGUCCGUGUCCUGCCCCUCCCCCCCGGCCAUGUUCGAGGGCAUGUACACCUGCACCAAAGGCCUGGAGUUCGACAGCCUCUGCACCCUUCACUGUCCUGACCUCGCCGAGAAGCAGACCAUCCGCUGCUCCAAAGACGGCUCCUGGACGGAGGAGUUUGAGAUGUGCAGGAGGCUCCAGGGGUCGUGCCCGCCUCCCCCCGACCUCAAUCUGGUGGAGUACACCUGCGAUGAGGGCCUCGCCGUGGGUGCAGUCUGCUACCCAACAUGCAUUGUGGCCUUGAGUGACCCAGUGGUGCUGGCCAAUGACAUCACCGCGGACACCGUCAAGCACUGGAUGUUACCCAGGAAGGUCGAGAACAUAGUGUGCACCGGCAUGAUGAAGUGGCACCCUGACCCCAAGCUAGUCUACUGCAUACAGUCAUGUGAGCCCUUUGCAGGAGACGGCUGGUGUGACACCAUCAACAACCGGGCAUACUGCCAGUAUGACGGAGGAGACUGCUGCUCCUCCACCCUCUCCACCAAGAAGGUGAUUCAGUUUGGGGCCGACUGCCACCAGGACGAGUGCACCUGUCGAGACCCAGACGCUGAGGAGAACCAGCAGAAAGCCAAGUUCCUGGCCCCAGAGAAGUUCUGAUGGACCAGGGGUUACCGAAUGGGCCUGGAAGGAGAGACGGAUGCUGGGAGCUGCUGGUUUUUCCCACAAGACAACAUCCAGUCAACUUCACCUCCAAACUUGAAAUCACGUUUCAUUUCGUUGUCCUUAACAGGGGAAUUAAAGAUAAUCACUAGACAAAAAAAAAA